AGCGUUAACUUGACGAGCAUGCUCAGUUUAAUGCAGUCAGUGGGAGUGCACAGUACCGCCUGGUGGAAUUACAAGUGGCAUAAGUAAAUUGUUGGAGUUAAAUAAAUUGUGGAGAAAAGAGGUGAGGCGCUAGGUUCAAACAUAUAUGUGUGAUUAUAUAGCUAAGUUUGGAGGUUAUUUGUGGUGGCGCGAAGGACGAGCAUAUGAACUUAGUCUUAGUCAGAAGCGAACUUAAUAAGCGUCAGUGAACUGCGGCUGCUGGCUUAAUAAGCAUUUAUGUGAGAGAUAUAUUUUAAAUAUUGAAAACAGUGUGAGCAGAAGCCUUCAAAUUAUUAAAGCCAGCGAAACCGCAAGGAAAUUAAGUGAAACAGAAACGAUUUGCGACAGAAAACGAAGUCACUGAGAAACGUGAGUCUUCAUAACCGCCAUAACGCUUGCGUCUAGUGAACUCUGGCAAGCAGUGUCAGCGACGCUGUCAACGUCACGAGCGGGUCAAAGCCGCAGCAAAGAGGCGGAAGUGAUUUGCUGAUGCAACAGUGGAAUUGAAAUUUAAGAAAGAAAAAGAAAAAAAUAAAAACUUUUUGUGAAAAUAAAAAUAAGAAGAAAUUUAGUGGAAAUAAAAAUAAAAAAAAAAUUUUUUUUUUUUUGAAAUAAAUGAAAUGAGUUGAGGAAAAGUGAAUAAAUUGCACUUUUUUACGCCAAUUUAAAGUGAAAAUUACAAAGUGUAAUGAAAAAAUACUAAAAGCCCUCCGAAAAAAGUGCCGUUAAAAGUUUGUUUUGAAUGCAAACUUCCGGUUAAUUGCCAUUAAUUGAUUUAGCAUCAAUAUCCAACCUCCACGCACACACACACAGCGCCAACCGAACGACGCGAAAAAAUGCAAAGUUUUUCACGAAAAGUGUAAAAAUUCCUUACUUUUGACUACUUAUCUUCAUUUACUCACUUUUUUGUGUGUGCCUUCGCAGCGUACCGCCCACGCCAAUACAUUGUUGCAUUAGCACAAAUUACGACUUUUCGGCAGCAGGCAGCAAACAGCGGGCGAAAAAAAAUUAUAAGUUAAAUUGAAAUAGAAACUCAAAAAGGAAAAAAGUGCAAAUUUUAGAGUGAAAAAAGUUGCAAAAAAAGUAAAAUCUAACAAAAAUCGUAAAAAAAUAGAAGAGAACAGCAGCAAAGCCAACUGCAAAAUGGGUCAGGAGGAUCAGGAGGUGCUAAUAAGAGGCGGCAAGGCCACUAGCACAUCGGCCGAAAGUUUGGAUAAUAACAAUGAGCAGUCCUACGAGCAGUCUUCCAUAAAUCAAGGGUUUAGUAAAAAUUACGGUACACUCUCACCACCAUCGCCUACACUUACAGCGGAUAAUCUUACUUACUCUUGGUAUAAUUUGGAUGUUUUCGGUGCUGUGCACCAGCCGGGUUCGGGUUGGAAGCAACUGCUGAAUCGUGUAAAAGGUGUUUUAUGCAAUGAACGUCACAUUCCUGCGCCGCGCAAACACCUCUUGAAAAACGUUUCCGGCGUCGCUUAUCCGGGUGAAUUGCUAGCGAUCAUGGGCAGCUCUGGUGCCGGUAAAACUACACUUCUGAAUGCGAUUGCUUUUCGCUCAUCGAAAGGUGUACAAAUAUCUCCAUCCACCGUACGCUUGCUCAACGGUCAUCCGAUUGAUGCCAAGGAAAUGCAAGCACGUUGUGCUUAUGUUCAACAAGAUGAUCUUUUCAUUGGUUCACUCACCGCACGAGAACACCUCAUUUUCCAGGCAAUGGUGCGUAUGCCGAGGCAUACGACGAAAAAACAAAAGAUACAACGUGUGGAUCAGGUUAUACAAGAUCUCUCGCUGGGAAAAUGCCAGAAUACUUUAAUUGGCGUGCCGGGUCGUGUGAAAGGCUUAUCCGGUGGCGAACGUAAACGCUUGGCAUUUGCUUCGGAAGCGCUAACGGAUCCACCACUAUUGAUUUGUGACGAACCUACUUCGGGUUUAGACUCAUUUAUGGCACACAGCGUCGUACAGGUGUUGAAGAAACUAUCGCAGAAAGGCAAAACAGUCAUAUUGACCAUACAUCAGCCAUCUUCUGAGUUAUUUGAACUAUUCGACAAAAUAUUGCUCAUGGCUGAAGGUAGAGUCGCCUUUCUGGGUACACCGGGCGAAGCGGUAGACUUUUUUUCAUACAUCGGCGCUCAAUGUCCGAACAAUUACAACCCAGCAGAUUUUUACGUACAAGUUUUGGCCGUUGUGCCUGGCCGGGAAGCGGAGUCACGUGACCGUAUAGCCAAAAUUUGUGAUAAUUUUGCAGUUGGAAAGGUCUCUCGCGAGAUGGAACAAAAUUUUCAAAAACUGGAGAAAUCCAAUGGCUUAAACAAAGAGGACGAGAAUGGAUUUACAUAUAAAGCUUCAUGGUUUAUGCAGUUUCGUGCGGUCCUUUGGCGCUCGUGGCUGUCAGUGUUGAAGGAACCGUUAUUAGUGAAAGUGCGCCUAUUUCAAACGACGAUGGUUGCUGUUCUCAUUGGACUGAUCUUUCUGGGACAACAAUUAACCCAAGUCGGUGUGAUGAACAUUAACGGUGCCAUUUUCCUAUUUUUAACCAAUAUGACCUUUCAGAAUGCCUUCGCUACGAUAACUGUUUUUACAUCCGAACUGCCUGUAUUCAUACGUGAGACGCGCAGCCGACUUUAUCGCUGUGACACUUACUUCCUCGGGAAAACAAUUGCCGAACUGCCACUCUUCUUGAUUGUUCCGUUACUCUUUACAGCCAUCGCUUACCCAAUGAUUGGCCUGCGUCCUGGCAUUGAUCAUUUCCUAACAGCGCUGGCGCUUGUUACAUUGGUUGCCAAUGUUUCGACAUCAUUUGGCUAUUUGAUUUCGUGCGCCUGCUCGUCGACAUCAAUGGCGCUCUCCGUGGGCCCACCUGUUAUCAUACCAUUUCUACUUUUCGGCGGCUUCUUUUUGAACUCCGGCUCGGUGCCGGUGUACUUCAAGUGGCUGUCGUAUUUAUCAUGGUUCCGUUACGCCAAUGAAGGAUUAUUAAUCAACCAGUGGGCUGAUGUAAAACCUGGCGAAAUUACUUGCACUUCAUCCAAUACCACCUGUCCUAGCUCAGGUGAGGUUAUACUGGAGACGUUGAAUUUUUCAGCGAGUGAUUUACCAUUCGAUUUUAUUGGAUUGGCUUUGCUCAUUGUUGGUUUUCGGAUAUCCGCGUAUAUAGCAUUGAGAGUGCGCGCUAGACGCAAAGAGUAAGAUGAGGACGAAAAAGACUAGUUUCCAGUUUAGUUUUUUGGUAUUAAAUAUCUAGUUUUGUAUGCGUUUUUUUCAUAUAAUAAAUCGAUAAUUUUGGCAAAAAA